GAGCCGCGGGGAGAGGCGGAGGUGCCGCCGCCUCCCGCCUGUUGCCCCGGGCCUGGCGGCGGCCGCGGCGGUCGGGGGCGCCGCGGCGGCCGCGCCCGCGGGCGGCGGUGCCGGCGCGCCCGUGGUGCCUGGCCUGGCGGCGCUGCCCGGCCUGCCAGGCUUCGGAGGCGGCGGGGUUGCUGGGGCGCCCCCGGCGGGCGGCGCCGUGCCUGACGGCGGAGGUGCUCCCCCCGGCGGCGUGGGCGCCGCGCUGGUGGGCGCGCUCGCGGGCGGCGGCGGCGGCCCUCCUGGAGGCCCUCCUCCUGGUGCGGUGCCGGGGGCCCCGGCGAUCUCUGGUGUGCCGAUCGCGGUGGCUGGCGGUCCCAUCGCCCCAGCGGGCGGCGCGCAGCUGGGACCACUCGUGGACGGUCCGUGGCGUCAGGCCGUGACUCUGAUUGGCGCCGACUGGCGCCGAGGGGUGAAUCUCGAGCUCCCGACCUUCGACGCAGCUGGAGGCAUCAGCGGGACGGCCCUCUUCGAGGUAGAGGAGAUCGGCACCACGGGCCCCUCAGGGCAGUACCUGAGCGCCCAGUUCAGGGGGGCGUCGCUGGCGGCCGAGGCGAUGCGGCUGGACGGCCUGUUCCCACCGCGCGGCACCGGGCCUGCGGGCCUCCUGCACUUGCGCGGGCAGGGACCGGCGCUGUGCGGGGAGCCCGCUGUGCCAGGCCGAGGAGUCCUGCAUGUCGAGUGGCUGCGGCUGCGCUCGAACCGCGGGUUCGUGGAGCCGUGGGUGCGGCCGAGCGCCUUCGGUGGGCGCGGCGGUGGCGGUGCCUUGGCGGGGGGCGCCCCAGCCGGGGGCGCGGCCCCCGACCGCCUGGCGGCAGCUGCCGCGGCGCGCGCGCAGGCCGCUACGGCGACGCCUAGCCGCGCUGGUGGCGGUCGCGGCCGCCGCCGCCCCCGGAGCUCUUCGGCCUCGCGCAGCGACGACGACGGUGAGUCGCGUUUUCGCGAGGCCCCCUCCCGCGGCGGCAGCGUACGGCUGCUGGCGGAGAAGCGCCCAGGUGCCCUGCACGACGAGGCGAUGAAGAACAUCGGGCGCGUCAUGGGCCUGCGGGGGGGGGCGGACGGCUCAGAGGUUCGAGCGAAGGUCGUGGGCGUCGUGGGCUACCUGCAGGCCGUGGUGUUCGGCCAUCACCCUCCAGGGCAGAUGCGGAUCAACACUCAGCGGGAGCUGCAGACGCUGGCGACCGCGCUGGACCUGCUGGAGUGUGGGUGCCUGGCGGAGUUGAGCGACGUGUUGAUGCAGCGCUUCAAGGCUCUGGAGCUGUCGCUGUCCGACGCGAGCUGCCAGGUGGCGAGCGAGCUGGAGAUCGUGCCGGACGCGCGGCCCUCGCUGGCCUCGAUGGGCGAGCAGGACCUGGCGCGGCGGGCGGCACUGCUGCGCAGGAGGCUGAUGGACGCGAAGAGCCGCGGCGCCCUCGGCGGCAAGGGUCAGGGCGAGACGCCUCGAGGCGACAGCCCGAACCCGAGGGCGGCGGACGGGCCGAGGCGCGUCUCGCUGGCGACGAGCCCGGAGCGCCACGUCUUCAGGCAGGACCAGCCCGCGGCUGCGGCGGCAGCGGGCCUGCAGCAAGGUCGGCUUCAGCGAGAUCUGUUGCCGUUACCAUACCCUUCGAUCACCAGGUCCCAGAUCGCCCAGCAGGGCGAGGACCCUUUGAGCGACAAGGAGUGGGAAGGACUACACUGCAGGCUGGUGGUCACUGUCCUGGCGCUAAACUGGGAGUCUGGGUUCUGCUCCCUGAAGCUGGCCAGGCCCUGCCGAGGUCGAGCCAGCGCCGCGCAGCAGGCAGCCCUGGUCGCUCUCGGCCGCCGCCUCCUCUUGGCUACGCGGGCCGAGUCUGCUUUGCCGCCAGAUCUUGACUGGAACGCGCGGCUGAAGGACCGCAAGAUCGGCUACGGCGGGGACGAGAUCUCGGCCCCGCAUCGGCUGACGCUGGGGCAGGUGCUGGACGGGCUGCCUCCGCCGGGCGUCGCGGCCUCCAUCGAGGCGGCCGACCUCGCGACGGGGUUCGUGCGAGAGGCCCUCCUGGACCCGACGCUGGCGCUGCUGCCCGCUGCCCUGCGGCGGCCCGCGCCGACAUCUGCGCGCGCGUGGGCCUCGCUCGAGGAGUGGCAUCGGAUUGUGCGGGCGCUCCACGAGCGCGGGAUGGUGUCGGCGAUCCCGAGCAGCGAGAUUGCCUGUCGCGACGGAGCCCCGCUCCUGAACGGGGCGCUCGGGGUGCCCAAGCCCCGCGACGAGCCCGUGGUCUGCAGCGACGGCGAGCGCAGGCCGGUCCUGAGGCUGAUCACCAACCUCACCCCCUCGAGCGCGUGCCAGGAGUGCAUCGUGGGAGACACCCCUGAGAUGCCGACCGCGAGCCAGCUGAACGGCCUGGUGCUGACCGAGUCGGAGGAUCUCCUGUGGAGCGGCGCGGACAGAAAGGCCUUCUUCUACGUCUUCCGCGCGCCGCCUGUGUGGUGGCCUUACAUGGUGAUAGGGCCGCCCGUCCCCUCGGAGUUGCUUGGCCUGAAGGGCGGUGGGACCACGCACAUCUGCCUGCGGGUGAUCGGCAUGGGCUGGAUCAGUGCCGUGGGCGCGACGACCCACCUCCACCGGGACAUGCUGCGGCGGAGCGCCUCUGUCCCUCGCGGCCUGCCGCCCAGCCAGGAGAUUACUCGGCGCCGACGGCUGCCGUUCAGCGUGGAGAAGCCGUGCCCUCCGGCGUGGAUGGUCUACAUUGACAACCUGGAGGUCGCGGAGGUCGUGAGCAAGUCCGAGGCCACGACGCUGCGAGGGACGGUGCCCGAGCUCAUCUCCGAGGCUCGCGCCUGCUAUGCGGCUGCGGGCUCCCCGGGGUCGCCGGCCAAGGACAUCCAUCGAGUGCCGCGAGCGACGACCUUGGGGGAGCUCAUCGACGGGGUCGAGGGCGUUCGGCGGCCCCCUGCGGGUUACCUUACCGAGAUGGCCAGCCUCACGCUGUGGACGCUGAGCAAGAAGCGGGCCAGCAUGCGGCUGGUGCGCAUUCUGCUGGGCCGCUGGGUUCGUGUUCACUGCUUUCGGCGGCCACUGGCGGCCAGCUUUGCCUACUCCUGGAAGUGGCUCGGGAACCCGCGCACUGGCGGCCGCUUCAGCGUGAGCGUGGUCGAGGACCUCUUGAUGUGCCUUGCGCUGUCAGGGCCUUGCGUCGCUGACCUGCGCCUCGAAGUCGACCCCCUGGUGACCGCGUCGGAUGCCUCGGAGGCCGCUGGCGCCGUGGUCUACGGCUACGCCCUCUCCGACCGCGGGCGCGCGCUGGCCGAGAGGCGGCAGCGGCCCGCGAACGCCGCCUGCGAGGAGGAGACCGCCCUCGUGACUGUCUUCGACGGCAUCGGCGGCGGGCGCCGGGCUUUCGAGAUCCUCGGACUGGUCCCUGCCGUGCACCUGUCCUUCGAGGUUGACCCCACGGCGGUGCGGGUGGCCCGGCGCAGCUACCCCAGCACGCAGCACCUGGGGGACGUGACGGAGGCCGACCCGGCGGCCCUGGCAGCCCUGCUGCGCGCCCGAGGCCGGGUGUCGCGUGUGCUGGUGGUGGGCGGCUUCCCGUGCCAGGUCUUCGCGGGCCUCAACGUUGCUCGGCAGGGUCUCGACGACCCGCGCGCGGGCCUGGUUGACCACAUGGUGCGGAUCGUGGACGGGCUGCGGACGGCCAUGCCGGAGGCGUCGAUCGACUUCCUCGGGGAGAACGUCGCGUCGAUGCCCGAGUGCGACGUGCUGCGCCUGAACCAGCUCUUCGGCCGCAUCCCGCUGGAGAUUGAGGCGGGGGAUGUCGGCUGGGUCAGACGUCCGCGGCUCUACUGGGCUUCGUGGGGCCUCCUGCCGUCCUUCGAGGCUGAGCCCGUCGUGGUACGGGCCAAGACCCAGGACGUUCGGCGCGCCUGCAAGGUGGCGCUGAAGGCAGAGCGGCCGCCGCUCGAGGAGUGGCUCCCGCCCGGGGCUGUGUGUCCGGGUCCCGCUGCAGGGGAGCCGCUCCCGACCUUCGUGCGCUGGACGCCGCGCUCGCAGCCGCGCCCCAGGCCUGCGGGCAUCGGGGAGUGCAGCGCUGCUGAGCUGGCGCGCUGGGAGGCGGCGGGCUUCGCUUCGCCGCCCUACCAGUUCCGUGACAAGUGGUGCAUCCACCAGGCGGAUGGCCGCGUGGAGCCGCCUGACGCGACCAUGCGAGAGAAGCUGAUGGGCUUCCCGGAGGGCCACACCGCGCCGUGCAUGACGAGCAGCCAGGCGAAGGCCGAGCCCGCCAAGUACGAGGCUCUUCGGCGGUCGCUCGUGGGCAACUCCUUCAAGUGCGAGGUCGUGGCCUGGAUCAUCAGCCACUGGGCCGUCGGAGCUGGGCUGCUGGUCUCGGUGCCCUCGCUGGGUGAGCUGCAUGAGAGUGUGCGAGCCUGGGCUGGCGGCAGGAAGCUGUGGGCCGGCGACGUGAUGUCGCUGCGGUGCGGUCGCUCCGAGAUCGACGAGGGCCUGCGCGCCAAGCUGGACCAGGCUGGCGGGCCCAUCUAUGUGGGUCGUGGGUCUCGCCGCUGGGGGCUGGCUGCCUCGCGGUGGGGCAACCCUUUCACGAUCAGCCCCGAGCGGUCACGCGAGGACGCUGUUGCCCUGUUCGCUGGUUGGAUCCGCACGCAGCCCACCUUCCUGCAGAGCUUGGAGACGCUGCGCGGGGCCCUACUGGUGUGUCACUGUGGGCCCGACCAGGCGUGCCAUGCCGACAUCCUCUUGGCGGAGUUGGCGAAGCGUGACGUGGUGGAGUGGCGCGAGGUGGACGCGUCCAGACGCAUCGUCAUGAGGCUCGUCAUGGCGUGCCACAACAACGGAGCAGACAUCAGGACCGAUGGCGCCUCGGAGGCGCUCGGCAAGAUCUUCCCGCGGCAGGAGAUCGACUCAGGCAUCUGGCGGUGGCGCAGGGCAAGGCGGCUAGUGUGGGAUGCAGCAGAGCACAUCAACGUUCUUGAGUGCCAGGGCGCUCUGAUGAUGAUUCGAUGGCGGGCGCGGUCGGUGCGCCGCCAUCAGUGCGUCUUCCUGCACCUGCUCGACAGCAUGGUCAACAUAGGUGCGCUGUCCAAGCACCGUUCCAGCAGUCCUCAGUUCAACAAGGUGGUGCGGACCUUCUCGGCGUGGGAGCUUGCGAUGGGCGCGCGGGCGGUCUUCGGCUUCACGUCGUCGGCUCGCAACCCCGCGGUGUGCACGGCGCUCGCCGGUUGGGCGCUCAGCCGCGGAGAGGUGGCCUUCGCGGCCGUGCUGCUCGUGGCCUUCCAUCUCUGUCUCCGCACUGGCGAGGCUUUGGGGCUGAGCGGCGGCGUCAUCUUUCUGAAGCCCUGUGGCAGAGGCGUGGCGUCGUUGCCCUGGGCCAAGACCUCUUGCCAGAAGGGCGCGCGGGAGCAAGUCACGCUUGACGACCCGUUGGUUGGGGCAGUCGUCCAUAUGCAGCUCCAGCGUGACAGCCGGCCCUGGCCCGGCACGACGCGCGCCUUUCACGACUUGUUCCGUACUGGGCUCCAGCAGAUCGGUUGCAGGCACCUCGCCCUGUCUCCUUACAGCCUGAGGCGCGGAGGUGCCGCGCAUGAGUUCCUGCUGUCGGGUGACUUGUCUAAGGUCAUGCUGCGCGGGCGCUGGGGCUCGGCAAGAACGGCAAAGAUAUACAUCCAAUACGGGGCUGCCAUCAUCGCAGAGAUGAAGCUCCAGGAUCGUACCCGUUCGACGCUCCAGCAGUUCUCCUAUGCACUUUUCGCUCGAGUCCGAGCGUUUUGCAGCCCGUGA